UCUCUCUCUCUCUCCCCAUCCCUCUCUCAGAAGAUAGAGCCAACAGAAAAUGGCAAAGCAGAGCAUAACAUUUAUUCUUUUACUUCUCUUCGUCUUGUUGUAUCGAACAUCAGCAGGUUCAGUCUACAAUGUAAUCCAGUUGGGGGCCAAACCAGACGGACAAACUGACUCAACGAAAGCUUUUCUCAGUGCUUGGUCAGGGGCCUGUGGAUCAGCCAGUCCGGCCAUGAUCUACGUCCCAAGAGGAAGGUAUCUGCUCAAACAGGCCACCUUCGGUGGCAAUUGCAAGAACUCCGCCAUCACCAUUCGUAUCGACGGAAUCCUCGUCGCUCCUUCCGACUACCGUGUCCUCGGUAACGCCGACACCUGGCUUAUGUUCCAGGGCGUCAACGGCGUCACACUCAACGGAGGAACCCUCGAUGGAAGGGGAACCGCUUUGUGGGCUUGCAAAGCUACGGGGAAGAACUGCCCAGACGGAGCUACGACUUUGACAUUUGUGAACUCUAAAAACAUCGUGAUCAACGGAUUGUCGUCGAUCAACAGCCAGAUGUUCCACAUUGUGAUCAACGGCUGCCAAAAUGUGUUCAUGGGAGGGGUGAUGAUCACGGCCUCCGGCGACAGCCCCAACACCGACGGCAUUCAUGUUCAGCUGUCGACGGGUGUCACGAUCAUGAGCACCGGCAUCAAGACCGGCGAUGACUGCAUCUCGAUCGGCCCCGGUACGACCAACUUGUGGAUAGAAAACGUGGCAUGUGGUCCCGGACACGGCAUCAGCAUUGGUAGUCUUGCAAAGGAUCUGAACGAACAAGGAGUGCAGAACGUGACAGUUAAAACCGUUAUUUUUACGGGUACCCAAAAUGGGGUGAGAAUCAAGUCUUGGGGAAGGCCCAGCAAUGGGUUCGUUAGAAAAGUGCUCUACCGAGAUGUCUUGAUGAAGAAUGUCCAAAACCCCAUUGUUAUUGAUCAAAAUUACUGCCCUCGCAAUGAGAGUUGCCCUGGUCAGGUUUCUGGCGUAAAAAUCAGUGACAUAACAUACAAAGGAAUCCACGGGACAUCGGCAACUGCAGUGGCUAUAAAAUUUGACUGUAGUCGGACGAACCCCUGCAGAGGGAUCAGACUAGAAGACGUAAAGCUCACCUAUCCGAACCAACCGGCCAAAUCGUCUUGUACCAAUGUAGACGGUUCAGCUUAUGGUUUGGUUGAACCAUCGAGUUGUUUGUAGAACAAAAGCAUAUAAAUAUAAAUAUACAUGUAG